UCUACUAGUGGUGUUAUUCUGGGAGAAGGAAGGAACGAAUUCAAGGAGAGAGAGUGUUGCGAGAGGAAGAAAAAUGGAGAGUAGCAGCAGCAGCAUGAGCCAGCGGCAGCUAGCAGCAAAGCAGCAGCAAACAGAUCUAGAGAAGUAGAUCUACCUUUGUUGUUGUUGCAUUCGCCUCCUCCUCGAAUGCGUUUUUUGCGCUGCUGCUGAAAGCUCCGCUUGCUUCCAUCUGCUUGUUGGCUUGCACAUAACACGGCGUUCCUUUGUUUUGUCCUCGUCGUCUCCGUCGUCUCGAGGGCUGUGGAGAGCAGUUUGCCGAUAGUUAGCACCCGCAAGGAAGCAGAAAAAGAUCAAUCCUCUCUUCUCCUCUCUCACUCACUCACUGGCGCACAACACACAACACACACAUACACGCUGCUCGUAGCCAGCGCAAGGAUAAAGAAGUUAAAAACAGUUUGGUGUUUACCUGGAGAUUCGUCGUUCAUUGUUUUCGCUUUUGCUCUUACUCCUGCUCCUCUUCCUCCUCCUCUUUCCGUUUGGUUGAGCUGAUCAAGUGGUCCCUUUGUAAAUGCUCCGAGAUGGGCUCUGCUGUUCCGAUUAGAGCAUCAGUGGUCCCUUCUCUUGGCUGGCUGGAUCAACAGGAAGAUUGCACAAGGAUGUGACUAUGUUAACACUUGCAUCUUCUCAAGCGCAUGGGAAAGGCAUGUUCCUUACAGCCUCCCCCGCCUCAAUCUCUUUCUUCGCCUCUCUCUCUCCCAUCUCUCUUCGUUGUUAAGCAGCUCCAGCGAAGUUCUUCGGUUUCUUGGCAGCGCAGCCAGAGAUUGUCAUCUCCCUCUCUUUGGCAUCCACAGUAUCGGGAUUUGGAGAUCACAGCAGUACCGACCAGUUGUAGGAGAGAGGUAGAUGUGCCGCCAGCGAUCUGCAAACGCAAGGAUUCUCCCGUGAGCAAGAAGCACACAAUUAUCGAGCUCCAACCUUGAUAAUUGCAGGAAAAUCACCUUGUCGGUUCCAAAGAGUCUCUAGGUAGCGGGCUCCGGGCGGCUAGAGCUCAGAACGCGUAAUGUUGCGGUGCUGAAGAUCGUGCUCUCGAGAGCUGCAGCAAUUGCAAAGAAGGUUUCUGGAGCAACAGUAGAAUUCUACCUCGAGAGGCCGUAUAUCGGCCAGGCAGCAAAAUUGAGCUCGAGUUCAUCAGCCGGAGCGAAGAUAUGACGCUGUCCAAUAUAACAACCGCGUCUGGCGAUUCCGGCACUCGAGCAGACAGUUCUGGAGUUCAGCAGGCUCAUCUCCACGGCUCCUUCAACCCGGGGUUUAUCUCAGGUGGUGCUGCUCAAGGGGAACAGCAGCAGCAGCAGCAGCCGCAGCAGCCGCCCGCCAAAAAGAAGAGAAAUCUGCCAGGAACUCCAGACCCAGAUGCGGAGGUCAUCGCAUUAUCACCCAAGACCCUCAUGGCCACAAACCGAUUUGUCUGCGAAAUUUGUGGAAAGGGCUUCCAGCGAGACCAGAACCUGCAGCUCCACCGGAGGGGCCACAAUCUCCCAUGGAAGCUCAAGCAAAGGACGAGCAAGGAGCCCCGCAAGCGAGUGUAUAUAUGCCCAGAAGUCAGCUGUGUCCAUCAUGAUCCAUCCAGAGCGCUCGGGGACCUGACCGGCAUCAAGAAGCAUUUUUGUCGUAAGCAUGGCGAGAAGAAGUGGAAAUGCGAUAAGUGCAACAAGCGGUAUGCUGUGCAAUCGGAUUGGAAAGCGCACUCGAAGACUUGCGGCACCCGAGAGUAUCGAUGUGACUGUGGAACUCUCUUCUCCAGGAGGGACAGCUUCAUCACGCAUCGUGCCUUCUGCGAUGCGCUCGCGGAGGAGAGCGCCAGGACGAGCAAGCCACCGCUGCCGGAGGGAGUCAUCAACAACAACAUGCCACCUUCUCCGCACGGUCAGUACGCGAUCCGCAUGCCUCCGGGAGCAGCCGGCGUGGGAUUCAGCGACGAGCUUUCUGCAAUGGGAGCAAUGCAGCACUUAGUACCAAGCGACGACUUCCAACAAAUGCAACGAUGGGGAGCGGCUGCCGGGGGCUCAGCCGGUCCGGGAGGAGCGGCACCCCGACUCUCGCUGUGGGUCGACCCGGGAGCUGACAGCAGCAUGGGAGGCUUCGAGUCGUCGCCAACCGGAGGCUCACCGUUUUCUCUCAAGAACAAUGCAGGCAUUCACAACGGGGUCGGGAUGGCGGGCAUUCUCGGACAGCUCGAGAUGGACAUGCCGAGACAGGCACCGGGAGGACACUUAUACUCGAACAGUCCGUUUGGAAACUCGGGACUCUCGGCACAGGGAUUCCACUCGCCGACACAGCAGCAGCAGAUGGGAGGUGGCAACAUUGCAGACAUGAUAGCAGCGUUUAACAAUAGGAUGGAAGCUCGCGGGGCUGGUGGCUCGGCAACAGCGGGUCUCUCACUCUCGUCAGCCAGCGGAAGCAACGCGACCAGCUUUGGAGUUCCUCGGCAACAAGGACCCUCGGCAUCGGCCGCGGCGCAGAUGUCCGCCACGGCACUGCUCCAAAAGGCAGCACAGAUGGGAGCAACCGCGAGCAACACUUCUCUACUCAGAGGAUUCGGACUGGCUGGAUCGGAGUCGAGCAACUCUUUCAACCUGGGGGCUCUCUGGCAGCAUGCAAACAGUAGGCAGCAGGACCAACCUGGUGGGAGGUCAUCGUCUUCGCCAGGAAACAUGCCGAGUUCUUCCCAGCCGCCACCCCAGCAGCUGCUCCUGAGACGACCCAGCGACGUCUCGGCGGAGGUGUCCGGCUCCGGAUCGUCCUCGGCUUACGGCGACCAUGUCCCGCGAUCAUCUAACGAGCACAUGAACAUGAUGCCGGAUCAGAGCUCAUACAACGUGUUUGGAGCGGCAAACAUGAGCCAGUACUCAUCGCUUCUGGGAGGUGUGAACGCGGCGGCGCUGGAGAAUCCAUCCGCUCAAAUGAUGGUGUCUGCGGAGGAUGGUUUAGUACGCAGCAUGGCCGGGAAGAAGAACAAUCCUUUCAGCGAGCAAGCAAUGCUGGCAGCGGGACUCCAAGGAAGAUUGAUGCCCAAGGUGGAGGAAGGAAGCGAUAGAAUGACGCGGGAUUUCCUGGGAGUGAGCGCAGCGACGAACGUACCUGGGAUUAUGGGAAGGAUGCCUCCAAACAUGGUGGAUUUCAGUAACAGCAGUGGCCAGCGGGACAACAACUCGAUGAAAUCCUCCUCGGCCGGGGUUGGAGCUGGAGCUGGGAACAGCGGCUCGCCAGGAAAAUCUUGGGAGUGUUCUUGAUCAUCAUCGAUCCAUCGGCUCGGGGGGGCUCUAUAUAAUUACGAGACUGGCAAAAUCCAAGCUUUUGGUUGAUUGAUUCAUCCUAGACUAGAGAAUAAAUCUGUUAUCACUUCGAUCGA